AGUGAAUGAUGCAAAGAAAAAUAAGAAAAUCUAUUUUUUUGACAUUUGUUCAAUUUGUUUUAAAGUUUGAAAUGGAUAAAUAAAUCACAUUUUAUUGAUUAAAAAUGUAAUUUUCUACCAUUACUCUACGAUGUGAUGAAAGCAUCUAAUUGGAAAAUACUUGCUGUAAAUGUGUUCAGUGGGAGCUUCUUCGUCUUUUAUUAGAAAAUGUAGUGGUCACUACGGGUGACAGAAACCCGGCACGAUGGUUAGGGACGGUGAUCUGCCCACGAUAUUUAACCCGAAGCGCGUGCGGGCGCCGUCGGUGAUCAUCACGAGCGAGGAGGUGGUGGAUGAGCGCGGCGGCGGGUCCGGGGUGUUGCGCGCCAACGGGCCGCCGACGCCGCUGAGCCCGCGCGCGCCGCUCACCCCGCAGACCUCUAUCUCCUCCGCUCCCCCGCUCACCACCCAGACCUCGCUCCAGCACGGCUACAGUGAGUCCGCCACCAGCAGUCAGGAUGAGGAGCGCCAGCUGCGCGAGAAGCGCUGCCCGAGGUCCUGCUGCUCUAAGAUGGCCAAGAAGAUAUACUAUGGCAUCUGCGUGACAUGCAUCCUUACUAUUUCGUGGGUGACGGCGACGCACUGCAUCAAGUAUAUGUACAUACAGCAGCUGCAACCAACCCCUCUUCCCGCCCCCACUGCCUCCAGCACCGAGGGCUAUGUCGUUGCUUACACUAAUAUUACUUCUAAACACCGCCCUCCGCACUUCAACGCGCCGUUCUUCACGGCGUGGUUCUGCACCAACUGGCUGAUGUUCUUCUACCCGCUGUACCUAGUGGUGAUGCUGGUGCACAACAAGUGCAAGUCCACGGGGGACAUCGUGUCUGAUGCCUUCAGGGACUUCCGGGAAAAAGGGUUCACUUUUGCUCGCUUCCUAAGCCGCUGCAGUCUCUUCUGUCUCCUCUGGGUGGUGACGGCCUACAUGUUCGCCUACUCUCUACAAAUCCUGCAAGCCACGGACGCGGUGGCACUCUUCGCUACUAAUGUCUCCUGCGUGUAUCUUUUGUCUUGGGUGAUACUGCAUGAGCAGUUUGUCGGUGUUCGAAUCGUGGCCACAAUAAUGUGCGACACGGGUAUCGCCCUGCUGGCGUACAUGGACGGCAUCACGGGCAGCUCUACACUAGGAGGAGUGGUGUUAGCCGCCUUCGCCGCCGCCGGCUUCGGGAUCUUUAAGGUGCUAAGCCGCAAAGUGAUGGGCGAGAUAACAAUCGGUCAGCGCGCCCUCUUCUUCUCUCUCCUGGGGCUGGUGAACCUGUCUCUACUGUGGCCCGUGUGCGUGCUGCUGUACCUGAGCGGCUCGGAGGCGCUGCCCGCCGGCGCCGUGCCCUGGCCGCCGCUGCUGGCCGCUGCUGUCGCGCUGCUGGUUUUCCACUUGGUGUACCAGUUUGGGAACAUUGUGACGUACAAUAUCUUCAUUUCACUCGCUCUCGUCACCGCGCUGCCGGCCUCUGCAGCCCUGGACGUGGCCCUGUACGACAGUUCGUUCGAGGGCAUGAAGCUGGCGGGGCUGGUGCUGAUCGCGGUGGGCUUCUUCCUCGUCAUGUUCCCCGACAACUGGCCCGACUACAUCAUGCGGUUGUUGAGAUGGAGCCGCAGCCGCAAGCGCGGCGGCGUGGGCUCGGGCCGCAGCCGGGACCCGAUGGAUUACCGCACCGGCUACAUCCGCUCCCACCUGCGCUCGCCCAGCGGCCGCGUGCGGUGACCGCCCGACCCCGACGACCAGCCAAUGGGCGGCGGCGGGGCGGCCACCACCGAGCUGUGAUUGGAUGGAGGGCGUGGACCAGCCAAUGAGCAGCAGGGAAGCGGUGGCGGUGGAUA